AAGUAGAGUUUCGAAAGCAUAUGCUGGAGAUAAAGUUAAAGCAAUAUAGGAAUAGAAGCUAGAAAAUGUGUAUCAUAUAAAAAAAUUUCAAACAAUGUAAUAUCAUCGAUUAUAUGUAAACGUUUAGCGUUUUCUUGGCGGAUAAAUGGAAGUGUAACUAAAAGUGUAAAAAAUACUUAAAAAUAUUCAUAGCGCUAAAAUAUACUGCGCCGAAAUAUGUGUGAAUUAUACAAACCGCAUCAAAGCCAAAUUUAAAACGGGAUAAGUAAGCGAUUAAUAUUAUAAUGACCACAUUGAAUGUGAACAACAAUUGAAGCUGACAACAAUUUUCUGUUUACUAAUGUAAUGAAAAAAGAAAUACCAACCAUCAAGUUAUAAUAACGAGAGGAGCUGCAACGUCGACGAUUAAMACCUUUUCUAUAGAGAAUAUAGGAGAAGCUUUCUAUAAGAAUUUAGAGACCGUAGUACGUCACCCUAAUUUUAAAUUAAGAAGACUGCAAUCAAAACUGUCUUCUGUUGCUGACACGUGCUCGAUAAAAUCAUCGAAUAACGACAGUUUGGGUAGUGCUGAACCGCGUAUAUGUACUUCCAGGUCAAAAAUAUAUUCUUCCAAUGUGACGUUAUUUACAAAUAGUGUGCCUUUAGCAUCAAGGGCAAAUACUACUGUAUCAUCACAUUAUGUAUCAAAUAAGUCGUUAUUGUCACCUUCAAAAUUAGAAAGUUCCAGCCAGAAAAUGUUGGUUAUCAAAAUUAUAGAAAUUAUAAAGAAAAUAUUGCUCAUAAAAAUUUUGACCAGAAUAACAUCGACAGAAGGAACUUAUGUAUUGAAUUCAUCGAAAGCGCCAUUAAAUUUCCUGAUAAUGAAAAUACGCAAAGUAUUAUUUGCUUUUGCGAUUUUUACUUUUGUAUUUCACUUUGAUGUUGUUUUAGCCGAUCAAGUUAUUCUUCUGGAUACGACAAGAGAAGCAACUUUGGAGUGGACUCGGUAUCCAUAUGGACCGCAAGCUCAAACACCGGGGUGGGUUGAGGAAUCAUUUACAGAUUUUGUAAAGGGUAUAAAUUGGCGAAGCUAUGUCGUUUGCGAUGUUGCAUAUAACAAUGUCAAUAAUUGGUUAUGGUCUCCUUUUAUCGACCGAGGACCUGCAAACAGACUAUACAUUGAAAUUAAGUUUACUAUACGUGAUUGUUCCCUAUUUCCAGGAAAUGCACUCUCUUGUAAAGAAACGUUUAGCCUUUUAUUCUAUGAAUUUGAUGCUGCUACACGGGAACCUCCGCCCUGGCAAACCGAUAGUUAUAAGUUGAUCGCACGUAUAGCUGCAGGAGAAGGCCGUUUCAAUCAAAAUUCUGAUGUUGAUAUAAACACUGAAGUCAAAAGUAUUGCCGUAACAAAGAAAGGUGUUUAUUUUGCAUUCCGUGAUCAAGGAGCCUGCAUAAGUGUGUUAGCAGUAAAGGUUUACUAUAUCACUUGUCCUGCAGUAACGGAAAAUUUUGCUCAUUUCAAUGAAACACCAACGGGAAGAGAAAUUACUAUAAUUGAAAAACAAAAUGGCACCUGUAUUGAUAAUGCGGAACCAUAUGAGACACCUACAUACUUGUGUAAAGGUGAUGGCAAAUGGACAAUUCUAACUGGAGGCUGCCAAUGCAAGGUUGGAUAUGAGCCAGAUUUCAUAAAUAAAACCUGCAAUGAAUGUCCGAUAGGGAAAUUUCGUUCAAAAGAGGUUAAUAAAUGUGUACCAUGCCCACCUAAUUCAAAUGCGCUAAAUCUAGCAGCAGGAUUUUGUAAAUGCCUUCCUGGUUAUUAUCGACAUCCACACGAUGGAAAGCAUAUGCCUUGCUAUAAGCCGCCCGGACCUCCCACGAAUUUGACUUUGUUAUUUGUGGACCAAACAAGUGCGAUUCUUUCUUGGAAUGUGCCCGUGAGGGAGUUAUCAGACUCAUCAUUUUCUUUGAAAAAAACUAAAUAUCGCAGUGAAAUUGUGUAUAAAGUGCGAUGUCUAUCCUGCUCCUCCAACGUUGUGUACAAUCCAGCAUCAGAUUCAUUUAAUGAAACCAAAUUAACCUUAACUAAUUUGGAACCAGUAACAACGUACACAAUUCAAAUACAUUCUCUGAACGGUCUUUCAAGCCCGAUGGAUGGGGACAAUAAUUACAACGAUACUUCGGAAGAUAAUAAAAAUACCGCCCAAUUUGGAUCUUUCAAUGCUACACCUGUAAAUCCCUUAAUGUCUACUAAUGUAAAAUCGCCGGUUAGUUUAGUUAACAAUCAGGCUUUCGAUCUAAAUCAAAUAAAAACUGAAUAUGCCGAAAUUACAUUCAAGACAGAAUCUGCAAUCCUGUCCACUGUAUUUAAUGUUCGAGUUGUUGCAACCACAAGUAGGGAAGUAGAUUUGGUAUGGGACAAAUCUGUGCAAAGUGAUUAUCCUAUUGAAUUUUAUGAGGUGCGUUGGUUUCCCAAACCGGAGCUGGAUUCCGUUAACAAAACUGCAUUCAAUACAAAGGAAACUAGGGCUCACAUCGAAGGACUCACUGAAAAUACGGAAUAUGGAUUUCAAGUUCGUUGCAAAACUUUGAAUGGAUAUGGCACUUAUAGUAACAUAGUUUAUGCGCAAACACACCAGAGCAUGAAUUCAGGGUACGAUGACUCUAUACAUAUGCGAAUUGUUGCUGGUGCUACUGUUGCUCUUGUUUUUAUAUUAGUACUAGUGAUUGUUGCAACAGUUUUGUUCUUGCGAUCGAAAAAUCAAGAUGAUCUUGACAAAAAGUCCAGCAAUCACUUGCCAUUGCCUCUGGAUUACGCCAGCAAUGAAGUUCAUGCCAUGGAUACUACGCCAAUCGUUAAAACCAUUCAAUCAAAUGUGACUACGCCUUUAUUUGGAAAUAGUCGGAGUUAUGUCGACCCUCAUACAUAUGAAGAUCCUAACCAAGCCAUCCGUGAAUUCGCACGGGAAAUUGAUGCAAAUUAUAUAACAAUUGAAGCUAUAAUAGGCGGAGGCGAAUUUGGAGAUGUGUGUCGUGGACGUUUAAAAAUUCCCCCUAAUUUUGUUCAAGAUAUUGAUGUUGCAAUAAAAACUCUAAAACCAGGUUCGUCCGAGAAAGCGCGUUGUGACUUUUUAACAGAGGCAUCGAUAAUGGGCCAAUUUGAUCAUCCUAACGUUAUAUAUCUUCAAGGAGUGGUAACUCGUUCUAACCCCGUUAUGAUUAUUACUGAAUAUAUGGAAAAUGGCAGCCUUGAUACGUUUUUACGAGUCAAUGAUGGGAAAUUUCAAACAUUGCAGCUAAUUGUCAUGUUACGUGGUAUAGCAAGUGGUAUGUCUUAUCUAAGUGACAUGAAUUACGUCCAUCGUGACUUAGCAGCUCGAAAUGUUCUUGUGAAUGCUCAACUUAUAUGUAAAAUAGCAGAUUUUGGAUUAUCUCGUGAGAUAGAAAAUGCUAGUGACGCAUACACAACUCGGGGUGGUAAAAUACCAGUUCGUUGGACAGCGCCGGAAGCUAUAGCUUUUCGUAAGUUUACAUCGGCAUCAGAUGUAUGGUCGUAUGGUGUGGUUUUAUGGGAAGUUAUGUCGUAUGGCGAACGACCUUAUUGGAACUGGUCAAACCAGGAUGUCAUAAAGAGUAUAGAAAAAGGUUACAGACUUCCGGCACCUAUGGAUUGUCCUGAAGCAUUGUAUCAGUUAAUGCUUGAUUGCUGGCAGAAGCAACGUACUCACCGACCUACGUUUUCAAGUAUAGUAUCAACAUUGGAUAAUUUGGCCCGACAACCGCAAGCACUGCUAACAACGAGAAAUUCACCCGAAAACGAUGGAUCACAUAUUUUAGAGGGACAACGUGGUCACAACAUUUUUAUAAGUACAGACUUAUGGUUGGAAAACAUUAAAAUGUCCCGCUAUUCACAGCAUUUUAAUGAGGCUAAUUUGGUGACUGCCCAGCAGAUAUCUCGGCUAACGGCUCAACAAUUGUCUGACAUGGGUAUAAUCUUAGUCGGGCAUCAAAAAAAGAUUUUACAUCAGGCCAGACAAUUGGAUACUAUAAUUUAGGAUUAAAGAGCAUUUCCAGAUGCAUUCAGUGUAUAUACAGCAUCACUUUUAUUAAAAGUUCGUUCAAAGUAAUAAGUAUUAUAUCAGAAAAUGCCCCCAUAAACAUAAUUCGUUCCAAUUAUUAUAUUCCUUUUUUAUAUAAUGCUUAGAUAUGUAUAACCCACUACAUAAAUAUAUAUAUUAGAAAUAUUUGUA